CAGUCUAUACAGAGCAACCAACCCAAAGAAACACCAUGUCAGGAUACCCACACCCACCGCCUAACUACGGCUACGGCAGCGCCCCUCCCCCCGGCAAACCCUACUCCUCCGCCCCUCCUCCCUACGGCGCCCCUCCUCCCGGCUCAGCUCCUCCAAACCAACACCAGCCCUCCCCCUACGGAGCUCCUUCCGCCCCCUACGCCUCUCCUCCUCCUCCCCAAGGCAGCGGCGGAUACGGCGCUCCCUACGCGGCCCCACCCCAAGGCGGCGCCGGAUUUCCAGCCCCUGGCCCACCACACGGCGGCGGAGGAGGAGGCGGAUACCCGUCCCCGGCUCCUGGUUACGGAAGCCCGUUCGCGGCUCUGGUGCCGUCGUCGUUCCCGCCAGGAACCGACCCGAACGUGGUGGCUUGCUUCCAGAUUGCCGAUCAGGACGGGAGCGGGUUCAUCGACGACAAGGAGUUGCAGAAGGCGCUGUCGUCGUACAACCAGAGCUUCAGCAUGAGGACUGUUCAUCUUCUCAUGUAUCUCUUCACCCAGUCCAACUCCAGAAAGAUCGGGCCUAAGGAAUUCACCGCUGUGUUUUACAGUCUUCAGAACUGGAGGGGAAUAUUUGAGAAGUUUGACAGAGACAGGAGUGGGAAGAUUGACUCGAAUGAGUUGAGAGAUGCAUUGGGGAGUCUGGGAUUUUCUGUCUCGCCUGCGGUUUUGGAUUUGCUGGUGUCCAAGUUUGAUAAGACUGGAGGUCACAUGAAGGCCAUUGAAUAUGAUAAUUUCAUCGAGUGUUGUCUUACUGUUAAGGGAUUAACUGAGAAGUUUAAGGAGAAGGACAAAGCAUACACUGGUCAUGCAACUUUCAGUUAUGAGGAGUUCAUGUUGAUUGUUUUGCCUUUCCUCAUCGCAUAGAGGGUGUUAAUGAAGAAAGACUUUAUGAAUUCUCUCCUUUAGAGUCUAGUGUAAUAUUUGUGCUGGUUUGCUAGCGAACUUUGUGGUACAGCUGUAUUUGCUCAACUGCUAUAGUAUAAUAAUGUUCACUGAACAUUAUGCAGGUGUUCCG